AUGACCAAAUCCCAAAUCAUUAUCAAUAAUGCAUUAUGUGUGGCGGAUGAUUUGGAUAUAAAACCCGAAGUACAGCCCACAAAAAAUGCAGCGAUCGUCCCACAAAAAUCACACCUGAAUGCUCAAG